AAAGUUUAAAAUAAAGAAAACAUUCGCUACUGAACUUCGAAAAGGGGAAGGAAUAUGUGUGUUCGAUUUGCUUGCCAUUGCCGAUCGAAGCGUUUGCGAUACUAAAGCGACAGUGCGCGUUGAAGGAUGGCAUCGUGUGUGAUGCUUCCGGUGCUACUGCUGGCAGGCCUAGUGUCGUUGCAGCCUACCGGUGCCAUUGUACGCGGUGAACCCGAUCGUGAUGGGAAGCUGAUGUUUCCGUUUGCGGUAUCGCUGCAGCUAGCGGACGAAAGGCGGACACAUUUCUGUGGCGGAACGCAUCUGGGCGACGGUUGGAUCUUGACGGCGGCACACUGCAUUGUAUCCGUCAGAAAGGGAAAUCUUACACAAAUGUUCGCCCAGAUAGGUGGGCACCAGCUGAACGACAGCACCGCCGACCGUUUCCCAAUCGUCGAGACACACCUUUUGCGCAGCUACAACCCCGUAACGAUGGUCGGUGAUAUAGCGUUGCUGCGAGCAGAACUACCGACUGGCCGCAGGUUUGAGUCCGACCCACAAACACCCUUACGGCUGCCGGAUGACAGCAAGGCCGCGAACGGCGAGCUGUGUUACAUCUUCGGGUACGGGUCGGAUUCGUACGAUGGACCGAUCAGUCAGACGCUCCACUACGGCACCGUAAUAGCGCUCGAUCUGGACAGUUGCAUUGGAAUGAUGGGCGCCGUGGUGGCACCGCCCCCGGACUCGGGAAUGUUUUGUGCCAUCGGACGGUCCGAUGCGUGUAAGGGUGAUUCCGGUGGAGGAUACGUUUGCCGGGCGCCAUUUUCCACCCAGUUUGUGCUGCGGGGCGUAAUAUCGUACGGUGUCGGUUGUGGCGCAACGGGCACACCGGGCGUGUACACGGACGUUGCCUACUAUCUGCGGAACUAUCCGAUCGGUUCCCUCAUCGGUACAGCUUAAAGUAAACUACUCUGCUCAGCUCUCGCUUAA